GGCGGGUGCGAGCCGACUGCGGGCUCCACGCGAUCGGGCGAUGGGGCGAUCUGUGCGCGGGCCCGCAGGAGAGGAGUCGAUCACACCACUGACGAGCGAGGCCUCGCCUCCCUGCUCUGACGGCUCUGACCUGGAAAAAGGGGACAGGCUCCCUGCCUCUCUUCCUCCAGCCCUGGAGACAGAGCCCCUUGUAGGAUCCCAGACCUCCACUGGCUCAAGAGGCACAGCCGAAGGGCCACUGUGGAAUGAACCACCGUCACCAACUGCACCUUGGAAGGAGAAACCUUCCCUUCCUGUCCCCGCCAGCCAGCAGCACCUGAGGCCACCCAGCCAGCGCUCAGCUCCUGGGCCAGGCAUCCCACCUACAGGCGCUGCUGCAGUUAAUACUACGAAAGCCCCGAACGUCUGCCUGCUGGCUAAGCGAGGUGCCUUUGUCGUGAACACCCCUGUCUGUAGCGUGUUGUAUCAUGAGCACAGCCCAGAAGUCCACAGCCCGCUCUCCCCAGAAGAGACAGCCAGGGCUGGGGACAGAAACCCAGGACAUAGGUACUGCCAUCACCCACUCUUGCAGUUGGGGCACAGAGAGCUUAAAUGACUCAGCUGGCCUUACGAGCUACUCGGGUUCAGGCCCAGUUUCCCUGACUCCAGAACCCAUGAUGUGAACCACACAGCAUGGGGUUAAGGUCGAGGACACCAUGGAAACAGGGACCACACUGUGCAUAGAGCUACAGGAACAGAAGGAGGGCGCCUGACCCCGCUUGUGGGGGAGGUGGCAUAGCUGCAGGGUACGUGCUCUCCCCCAGGAGCUCUUUGGGAAUCAGGUAAAGAAGGACGCAGGUGCUCCUGUGCAGGAAGCCACUCAUUUGCCACCUGGUGCCAGGUAGGGCAGAGGCCCGGGGGAGUGAGCUAGCAGUGCCCUGAAAUUCAGGCCCAGGGGCCGGAGCAGUGAAGCACAACCUCAUGGGCGUGCAGGGAGUGCACAUGCCAGGGACAUGGCAUCUUCAGGAGGUCACUGGCUGCAGCAUGACACAGCCAAGGGCUGCAGAGGAGGAGGCCGGUGAGGAGCCUUGGUGGCCACCUGGAGGGAAGGUGGUGGGGAUCGGCUCGGAGUCACCAAGUGGGGCAGAAGAAUGAGAUCAACCAGCAUGCAAAAGGUCCUUGAUUUCUUCUGGGCCUUUGCGGACAUCCCCGGUGCCCCUGGUCCAGCAGUUCAUCUGUCAACAGUAAGCAGUAUCGUGGAGGAGGCUAAUGACCAGACCCCAAGGCCAGGCACUAGCCUGGAGCCAAACAUGCAUGUUCUCUUUUCUCUUUCCCAGCCAGCCCGGGAGUUAUUAUGAGCCCCGUGUGGUCUAACUAUAGAGAUCCACCCAAGAUUUGAACCUGAGAUUCCAUUUGACCUCAAAUUCCAAGUUUUUCCCAACUCCUCUGCCAAUUUUAGAAGCUAUUCAACAUGUCUCCUUUAUAAUGUUUUCCCAGGUAGGCACUCAAGAAGAAGGUAUGGAGUUCAUCUCGAAAUAAUAAUACUCCUUGACCUUAGUUUGAAAUCAGGGAGAUGGAUCCCCCAAAACAUUGAAGAAGGAAAGCUCCUUGAAGGUGGAAGCCAGGAGUGCUCACUCAUGUCUUCACCUUGCUGGGGCUCAGCCAGUGUGACGAUGACUGUCCAAGCUCACAAAGUCCCCACUGCGUAGGAAAGUGCUCAUCAGUUGCUGCAUGAGGUGCCGCUGGUGCUGGUCCUCAGUCCACGGUGGUCAAGUCCCUCCCCUCUGACUGGACUAGAGAAGUAAGUUGCUGAGCCUGCUGUCUCCUUGUGCCAAGUUCCUGACCUAGAAGUUAGGCUGAGUUCAGCCCUCUGAAAGCCCCGCCCAGCAGCUCCUGCGUAUCUGGGGGAGACACAAGCCCAGUGUUUCCAUGGGUGGGCCAUGCACCCAAAUCACCCUCUUCAGUACGCAGGAAUGCAGGCCUUCAAAGAACUCGAUGUUGAACUUGAGGGGCUGACAGCACAGCAGGAAAGCGCAGACAUUCACAAGCCCCAGUGCAUUGCACCCUCGGGCCAGGCAGGGCGCACCCCGGUGUCCUUGCAGCUGUACCCAGUGGUGUGCGCUAAAUGUGUAACAGCUAGCUGGCCGCCCAAAAAAAAAGCCUGAUUUAUAGCACCUGACCAUUUCCCUGGUGUAAACAGUCCCGCCUCGGCCUUUGGAAGAGCCAUGGAGAGCCAGGAAGAACCACGGCCCACUCAGCAAACCGCAGCAGAGCGGCCCCCAGAGUACAAAACCUAACAAUGCCCACCCGCUGGCCCCCUCACAGACUAAGUCCGGCGACCCUUCCAGUAGACAUAAAUAACCUCAAGACCAGGGAUUUCAAUAAAAUGGAUGAUAAUUAGGAAACCGUAAGUUUUAUGGCUGUCUUAAAAAUAGGACCUGUUUAAUUAUAACUUGAUAUAACUUAAGUCUCUUUCAAGGGGUGUUUGACACCCAGCUUGCAAAACUCCUGAAAAAUUAACAGUCCCCCAUCACGAGCCACUAAAGUGCAGCGCCAGCCCGCCAAGCCAUCCCGCAGAACACAGGCCAUGGUCACACCUAGAAUGGUUGGCUUUCUAACCACUGCACCACACUGUUUUUUCAUUCAUUCCUUCCGUUCCAUUAACACCUGCUCAUUAGCACCUCCUUGAGGGCCAGGGACUUUGUCAGCCUCUGCAGAUCCCACUCACAGGGGCUGUGGUCUUGCAGUUCAUGGUCAAGUGGGCAAGCCACACCCCAAAUCAUCACCACACCCAAAAUGUAAAUCAAAUUCCCCCUCUCCUCUUACUCAGCUGUGCACUCUUGGCUGAAGUGCAGUCAUAGAAAUCCCAUAAGGAUUAUGGCCCAGCUCGUAGCAUUUCCUGUAAGAGCCGGCCACUUCCGGCCUCUCCCCUGUUUGCACAACACCUGUGGUGUGGACAUGGCGAUUCAGUGUCUGCAUGGCCACGAACAGGCUUUAACCUGUGUGCUGCUGACACGUGGCAUGUCUGCUGUGUGGCAGAGCUGUCCGGCACUAUGGGAUGUCACCGUGAUCCUGGCCUCUACCUGUGGCGAGCAAGUAGCAUCCCUGUUACGAGUCACAGAUGUCUCUAGACGUCGCCAAAGGUCACCUGGGAGGCAAGGCUGCUCCUGGCUUAGGAAGAUGCAUCCCCUCCCUCCUGGCUGGUCCAGGCUGCUGCUGUGUGGCACCUUCCUGAUCAGAUGCGGGGCUGGGAGUAAACUUGCCAAGUCUAUGAGGUUGCAAGCAACCGGGGGCUUGUGGGAAGAAGGAGGAGCCAACCUAUUGCAGCAGGUGUUUCAGAGCCUCUUUACCGGCCCGGGAGCCCGGUGUGGAAUAAACAGCAGGUGCCCAAAGCAGGCAGCUCUCCCUGUUGCGAAUUGGUCCCUAGCUCCUAGCUGCCCUCGGGCUGGGCUUGGAAGGAAGUCUCUGGAGCCCCAUCUGUGAACUGUCUUGAAGUGACGUCAGCCAGGAGCGCAUUCCUGAAGCCCAGCUCACAGGCGUCUGACACCAGCAUAGCGGAACAUACACUCUGUACCGAUGGCAUUUAAUGUACUGAUUGGAUAAUAAAAUGUGCUUAUUUCUUC